AUGAUUAAACAACAGCAACCACAGACCAUUACAUACGCCAUAUAUGCAUAUAAUUCAAAGACGGCAGAACAAACGCAAAUGUUGAAAUAUGGAGAUUUGGAGAUAGUAUUGAAAAAUGACCAUUUCGAAUUCGUUUGCAAAGGUGGUGCAGUGAUAUCAAAUAUAAAAGAAAUUUUAUUUAUGAAUUCAAAAAUUAAAGGAAUAACGGAUGAUAUAACAUCAAUUCCACCAGAAGAACAAAGAUAUUACGCAUUAAAUGCAUUUCCUAAAGUUUUGAAGAUUGGAAGAUUUAAUUUAAAUGAGGAAUUCAUAAAAGGUUUCCUAAAUGACAUAAUGAAGAAAGCAGAUAAGGAAUAUGUUAACGAUGAGUUAGCAAAGAAAGCAGAUAUAUCAUUUGUUAACGAUGAGUUAGCAAAGAAAGCAGAUAAAACUUAUGUUAACGAUGAGUUAGCAAAGAAAGCAGAUAAAACUUAUGUUAACGAUGAGUUAGCAAAGAAAGCAGAUAAAACUUAUGUUAACGAUGAGUUAGCAAAGAAGGCAGAUAAGGGACUUGUGGCUAGUGAAUUAAUGAAGAAGGCAGAUAAGGAAUAU